AUGGUUGGCAAUGCAGAAGGACAGGGAAACGAGGAGCCAUUGCCGCCAUGGAAUCGGAUCUCACUUUCCCACUUGGGCGUCCUGCAACAGCUGCGCAAGCUGGUCAUGACGAACUGCACGGGUAACUUUGACUGCGCAGGGAUUGAACAAUGCUGCUCCUUGCGCACUGUGCAUUUGAGCGGCUGCAACGUCAAGGACGCGGAUGUUCCACACCUCGGUCAGUUGCCAUGCUUGGAGGAGCUGUUCCUUGCGAGGACGCGCAUCACCAACGCCCAGGGCCUCGCGGCGGGAAAAGGGCUGCAGCUCAUUCAACUCUCAAACGCGCAAGUCACCUCAGACGGGGUAGACAGGCUGCACACGUUUAUCUACUUGACCAGACUUGAUUUGUCCUCCACGCUUGUGAGCGAUGUCAACUGCUUGGGGCAGAGCCAGAGCAUCAUCUACUUGAAUCUCGCCAAGACCCAUGUGACGAGCAAGGCAUUGCUGGCCUGUCACGCCUGCCUCAAGCACUUGAUUCUAGACAACAACAACAUUCAUGAUGUUUCCUUUCUGGCAGAAGCUCGCUCCCUCAAGACGCUGUCGCUGCAGAGUACCUUAGUGGACUCCGCUGGCCUGGAGGGAUUUGGGCGACUUCAAAUGCUGCAAAAUUUGUCAUUGGCACACCCCCGUGUCACCGACGUCACGGAGUUGCAGCACUGCCGAAAUCUGUGGAGUCUUGACCUGGAAGGUUCGUUGGUCGACCAGGCCGGGAUUGCCGGUCUCGAGCGGCUUCCAACGCUGCGCCUUCUGCUGUCAAAUACUGAUGUGACCUCGCUGAGGCUGAUUUUGAAAAGCGCAUCCCUUCAGCGGCUCGAGGUGAAGUUCAGCCGCUUGAAUGAGAAGAGGGCUUUCUUCGGUGUGACGAACGCAUCGGCGCUGACGGAUGUGACGUUGACGCACUGCGACGUCUCCGAUGUCAACGAUCUGGGUGUGUGCAAGGAUCUGCGACUGCUCAACAUGUGGUCGUCCAAGGUGACUUCGGAGGGCAUUGCUGGGUUGUGCGAUGCAAAGUCGUUGCAAGAGGUUGAUCUUGCCAAGACCUCGGUAGCUGACAUCAGCCCUCUUCUGAGUUGCACGAAAAUACAGGGACUAGUCUUGUACAAGUCUUCAGUGAGAUCCCUCGACAGGAUAGGGACGCUCCAGCAGCUUCGCCGCCUCGACAUCGCCGAGACGCCUGUCUCGUCAAUGCAGUGUCUGUCGGAUUGCAAGAGCUUGGCGAUCUUGAACACUUUCAGCACGGCCGUUGACGAUGACGGAUUUCAAGGGAUCGGGCAAGCACAAUCCAUCAAAGUGUUGUUGAUGUCGUUUACUGCUAUUGCUCAGCUUGGACAGCUUGGACAGUGCUCCCAUCUUGAGGAGCUGCACGCCCAAUUGUGUCCGGUGACAUCGGAGGACCUCGUUGGUCUCGAGAAAGCCUGGAACCUUAUCAAGCUGAGUCUCUCGUACACCAAGAUACAGGGUUGCAUUCGACGUUUCACCAACUGCCACAGGUUGCUGGAGCUCAACGUCAAGUUCACUGAGGCUCCGUAUGAUGAGGUUGCCUACGUCGAACGCCACCUUCCCGGUUGCCGCGUUCUGAAUAAUGCAACGCAGCGCAUAGCGAAGGGCGUCACCUUGCUGUCCUAG